AUGGACACAGACCCGAAGGAUGCCAAGCUUGCCAAGGUCCAGGCGCAACUGGCCAAAAUCUUGUCCUUGGUCAAAGAAGAGUGCAAGGUCCGGAAGGAGACGGAGGUGCAAUUGGCCAAGAAGGAGGCACAACUGGAAACAUCCAUGAAGACCACCAACAACUCACCGCAAGCCCCAGCUGUGCCGGUCAAAGGCCCCAAGAUUCACCUGAGGACAGUAUAA